AUGAACAUAGGUAAUGGAAAACCCAAUGAGACGGUUCUUAUCCAUGGUGCAAGCGGUGGGGUUGGUAUAGCCGCCAUUCAGUUAGCAAAAUCAAUGGGUUUAAAAGUGAUUGGUACCGCUUCAACGGAGCAAGGAAUGAAAAUUGUCAAAGAACAAGGCGCCGAUUAUGUAUUCAAUCAUAAACAGGAAGGUUAUUUAAAAGAUAUUGCAGCAUCAACUCCAAAUGGAGAUGGCGUCGAAUUGAUAUUAGAAAUGUUGGCUAAUGUCAAUUUGAACAAUGACUUACAAUUAUUAAAGUCGAAAAUUGGUAGAGUCGUGGUAAUUGGCAACCGUGGUACUAUUGAUAUCAAUCCUCGCCUGUUAAUGGCUAAAGAAACAUCAAUAUGCGGUGUGACAUUAUUCUAUCCUUUGAAGGAUGAGUAUCAAGUGACAAAUGCUUAUUUACAACAUGGUCUUCAGCAUGGUUAUUUAAAACCGGUUUUGGGCAAAUCAUAUUCUCUAGAAGAAGCGGCACAAGCUCAGGAAGAUGUUAUUAAUAACCAAGGCAGUAUAGGACGAUUAACAUUAAAAAUUGUUUAA